AUGUGGAGGCGCUCCUAUCUACUCCUCGUCGCUAUCCGACUGUGGUUCGCCCUUUCGCCUAGUUACCUCCAUCCCGACGAAAACUUUCAAGGCCCAGAAGUGAUAGCAGGCGAAAUCUUUAGCUAUCCCGUGCGACGAACCUGGGAAUUCACAAACAACAAUCCUAUCCGAAGCGUAUUCCCAUUAUGGCCCGUCUACGGCCUACCCAUGCUCCUGCUGCGAUGGCUGUGGAUUGGAAACGGCAACGACGGGGAAAUUGCGCCCAUCGUCGUCUUCUGGACGCUCAGGGUACUCAUGUUCCUCAUCAGCUUCGUACUCGAGGACUGGGCCCUGCACGAGCUGAUUCCUUCCCCGCGUCAUCGCCGCAUCGCAGUCCUGCUCGUUGCCUCUUCCUACGUGACCUGGACCUACCAGACACACACCUUUUCAAACUCCAUAGAGACGCUAGUGGUUGCGUGGAGCUUGGUACUGAUACAGCGCAUCACUGAUUCCAAGACCGUCUUGGCUAACUCUGCCUUUCAGCAACAAUCUACCCUCCUAUCCUCCUUCGGUCUCGGGAUUGUCGCCGUCUUUGGCAUUUUCAAUCGCAUUACAUUUCCAGCGUUUCUCUUAAUUCCCGGCUUCCGUUUGAUACCCCAUUUCCUGAAUAGGCCUCUUUCUUUCGCAGUCCUGGUCUCGGCUGCGCUUGUUACUUCUCUAAUCGCGAUUGCGCUGGAUACCGCAUUCUACAAUACAGAUUCUGUUACGUGGGCCGACCUAAUUUUCAGACCAGUAAUCACCCCCCUCAACAACUUCAACUACAACUCAGACACGGCCAAUCUCGCUCGGCAUGGCCUUCACCCAUGGUACCAGCACUCGCUUGCAAACCUACCGCUAUUGCUAGGACCCGCUGCCGUGUUGUUUGUGACGAAACCUCAAUUUUCCAUCCGUCUCUACUCGGCCAUUUCUGGUCUGGCAGUCCUAUCCAUGUUCCGACACCAGGAAGCGCGCUUCCUUCUACCGACGGUUCCACUCAUCCUGUCGUCUGUUCAAAUUCCUACGAACAAGGCCUUAUUACGUGUCUGGACCGCCGCCUGGAUCAUCUUCAACCUAUUUCUCGGUGUGCUUAUGGGCAUAUACCACCAAGGAGGCAUCGUUCCUGGCCAAGUGUUCAUGGCUGGUCAGCCUGAUGCUACUUAUGCCAUCUGGUGGAAAACAUAUUCGCCACCUAUUUGGCUGCUCAAUGGGAAGAAUGCAGUUUUGCAGACCAAAGAUGUUAUGGGCAUGAAAGGCGACGAUCUACUCCAGCAGCUGACGUCGCUCGCUACAUGUGACAUACCAGCCGAUCGCCGUAACCAAGAGUACUUGAAGGAAAAGAAUGGUACCUAUCUCAUUGCCCCGGCCUCUGCCACAUGGCUUGACCCCUAUUUGCCAAACAAGGGUCUGCAGGGGCUACGGUUUCGCGAGGUGUGGCGUUACCGCCAGCACCUAAAUCUCGACGACUUGGAUAUUGGUGAUGAUGGCCUUUGGAAUACGCUGACCAGAGUUGUUGGCCGCAGAGGCCUGGUUGCUUGGCGCGUCACGAAAAGCUGCUAA